GAGGCUGCACGCAGACCAGAAUCGGGACCACAGACCGGGAGCAGCCCAGUCCACCAUGUCUGAGUCCAUCAGAAGGAAAAGCUCCAGCAGACAGCUCCUGCAGAACCUCAUCAGCGUGACGGCCCAGCGGAGCCAGGAGGAUGCUGAGGAGGUGGAGCGGGAGCGAAGGAGGAGAUCCAGGGAGACGCAGAGAGGAGAAGAGGGCCCCUCCUGUCCGGAGGCCCCCCAACACAACGAGCUCCCACACGACACAGAGUCGGACGAGGCGCUGAAGCCCCGAUGCUGCCUGGUUCUGGAGGAGGACGAGGGCUUCAGCGACUGGAGCCACAGGUUAGAGAAUCGUAGUGAGCAGGAGGUGCAGGAUGUCUGCAGGGCCGGGCUGCAGAGACCUUUAACACAACGGUGGAAACCAGAGCCUGAAGAGGAGAAACGGCAGGAGGGUGAAGAGGAGGAAGAGCAGGAGGGAUGUGAGCCCAAGAGAAGCAGUCGGUAUCAGGAAGCUUCAUCAAGACCUCCAGAGAAGUUGUCCGUCGACAGAAAGGAAGUCAGGAUGUCGUACAGCUCAACGGUCUUCCUGUCUCAGGAUGCCAGGCUGCAGCACGCAGUCGGCCAACCAGCAGACAGGACGUCCUACCUGGUGGCGGGGACGAUGAGGCCAUGUGGAGGGGCCUGCAGGGUGGAUGCAGAGGUGCAGCAGGAGGUGCAGCAGGAGGAGGUCCAAGAGAUGCAGGCUGCUCCGCAGAGGGAGUCAGCAGCAACCAUACGGAGCCCCAGAGAUGAAGAUGAUCAGGAGGAAGAAGAACUGAGCUUCACACAUGAAGAGAAGGAAGACCUCCAUCUCAGGAGGGAGGAGAAACACCGGGAGGAGGAGGAGGAAGACCACAGGAUGCCAGACGAGAGUUUGACGGAGAGCAGGAGGAGUGAGGAGGUGAACAGAAGAUCUGCAGCCUCUCUUUGCUGCAGCAGUGAAGGCGAGGAGCCGUUAAACUACGGCCCCAUGAGCCCCACAUUCAAGAAACUCCUCAUUCAAUUUUACCCAGAUGAAGUGAACAACAGACUCUCAACAGACAAUAAAUGCUCGAUCAUAGAGAGAACCGAGUCUCUGAGGAGAAGCAGCAGUAACAUAAAGAAGACGAUGCCACCUGUUGCUGUUUCCAAGAUCGACAAGAAACUGGAGAUGUACACACAUGCUCUCGAGGUCUCCACAAAGGAAGGCAGAUCUGGGAGUCAGGCGCUGACGGACCUGACGAGUCCCACCGAACCCGUCUCCUCCAAGAAGAGCCUGUUCGAGGCCGGAGAAGCCUGGAGCCAGAACGCCGUCUCAGUCUCCCCGUCUAAGGAUGCAGAUGGUUUAAAAGUGGGUGUGGCUAAUCUCAUCAAUCAGUGGGUGAAAGGAGGUGAAGACGGGAGCCGGUGCAGCUCGCCCUCCAGACCAGCGGAGAGCUCCUCUGGUAAAAGAUUUAAGUUUGUGGUGACGCGUCACGGCAAGUACGAGAAGGUUUCUGGUGAUAACGACUGCAGUGAGGACGCAAACUGCCCUUCAGCUGGACAGUUCUUUGAAGAUUUGUGAAACCUGGACCUGGAUCAAUUUUGGAUGAUGAAAACUUUGAUGCUGCACAAACCGUAUUCACUAUCACUUUAUUAUUCUCUUUAUUUCAAGCUUUAGGUUGGAAAUGUACUUAAAUCAUGUUGUAAUGACAAAUUUAUUUUUACCAAAGGUAGUGAAGUAAAUAGUGAGUGUUGUCUUCUGUUUGCAGGUAGAAUAAUAAUCUCAGCAGUAAAACAUCUUUUCUUACAAUGAAAUAACUUCAAUUAAACACAUUCCUGAUGUUCGAUUCCUCAAUACUUUAGUCGCUGGUGAGUUCCUCUGUUUGCUUCCUUUGUCAAUCACUGUGUAGGCGAGCUCAUUAUUGCUUCUACUGUGUUCCCGGUGUCGUGUACUCAGCUGCUUCUACAACUGUACUGAUUUAACCCGAGCUAAUGGCUUCGAGACAAGUCUGCAGCUGG